AUGUCGGUCGAUACUCCAACAUCGAAUGGCUAUGAUCGGCGAAAGAGUAGUGUGGUACCAAUGGUACCAAAAAAAGAGAACCUUUUAACAAAGGAAAUGUUGGAGAAGUUACUGUGUGAUCCCAAGACUGAUUGCUUGUUCUUUGACCAUUUUGGGCACGGUGACAAUCAGAAUUGGUUUAGAAGCGUGCAUUACAGCCCGACCGGUCAGAAAGAGAACGCCAUCAAACAAGACUUUAUCAUUUGUCAGCGCUGCGAUCGAUUGCUGAGUCAUUCUAGUAGUGGUGGUACCCAUUUUACGUAGGUUUAUUUAUUAGUACUAUAUAGUAUUAUACAGUUUAAAAAAUCAUGUUUUUAAAAAUUUAUUACUACUAAUUAACAAAUAUUUCAGAAAUCACCGCAAGUACGCGUGUCCUUCGAUAAAGAACGAUAACUGGAUGGUAACCAAGAGAGAACGACCACGUUUACAGUCGGUUAGUCGGUCGUUAACUCCAGUUAGAUUGGUCGAAAAAGCAAAAGAAGAAAAGCCAAAACCGCCAAGUCAUUUACAGUUGAAUGAGAAACAACGAAAACAGUUUUUAAACGCUUUGAAAUACUUUAAAAAUGCUUUUGAAUGGACUCCAGAAAUGAUGGAAUGCCAGGAGUUCAACUACUUUGUCGACGAGAUAUUCAAGUUGGGGUAAGCGACAUUGCCAGUUUAGAGCUCUGACCCAUAGCUCUCGUUCAAAGACCUAGCCCAUAGCACAUAGCCCUAGCCCAAAUCCCUACUCUAGAGUUCUAGCACAAAGUUUUAGCCCAGAGCUCUAGCCUAGAGCCCUGGCCCAGAGCCCUAGCCCAGAACUUUAGCCUAGAGCCCUAGCCUAGAUCCCUACCCAAGACACCAGCCUAGAGCACUAAUCCAGAGCCGAAAGUCCUAGCCUUAGGCUUUAUCCAGGCGUUGCCUUAGACUUAACCUAACCUACCUACCUUUCUUAACCUCUCUUACUCUUCACAAGCUUAUAUUUGCUCAUCCCACUAUCCAAUCCGUAUUUUACCAUAAUAAUUCUUCAGCUACUCCUACCGUUGCCACGUAUCGGUAGAAGAAAUGUCAAGGAUCCCACCUCCACCAAUUAGUCUUGUUCAUGGCCGAGUUAAUGCUGAUGAAUUGACAGAAAGCGAAGCCAGUAACGGUGACAGUGUACCAGAAAGUCCCAGUAAGAGUGGCCAAAGUAGUACAAAUGGGAAUGGAAAAAGCGUGGAUGAAGGAUAUAAUGGAUUGUAG